AUGGACACAUAAGCAAGGUGAACAUGAAAGAUGUCUCUCAAAACUAGAAAAGAUUAUUAAAAACAAGAAAAAUGAAUGUUAAAACUGUGAGAGUGAUAGUUUAUGCUGGGAGAAAUUUGAAAACAAAGAAAAAGGACGCUGACCCACUGGCUUCCGUUGUACUCAAACUUGGCAAACAUAAACAAAACAGUCAGCGAAUUCGAAGUAGAAAUCCAAAGUGGAAUGAAGAGUUUGCUUUCACUGUCUUGGAGUUGAAAGGAUCUUUGAAGAUGACAGUGAAGGAUAAAGAUGAUGUUAUUGGACGAAUAAUUAUUCCAGUUACUGAAAUUCCCCCAGACGUACAUUUUUUAAAAUGGAUUUCCCUAAACGAAACGGAGAGGAAAUCACCUUUCUCCAUCGUGGGUGAAAUUUGUUUGGAUUAUUGGUUAGAUGUGUGCACUGGGGAAGGAAAAGUUGAAAAAAUAAAUUCGAAAGGCCGAAGAAGAUUUUCCUUGUUUCAAAAUAAUUUUUUGACCUUUAACUCACCUAAAGAAAUAUGUGAAGAACAACCUGUGUGUGAAAUACUUCAAAAUGAAAACCAAUUCAAACAACGAAGACAUACAUACGCUGGAUUCCCAUCCAAAGUGGAGUUACAGACUUCAAAUACACAUGAAAGAGAUUCCAAUACCAUUAAAAAUGAUAUUUUAAAGACCGACGGAACGACGGACCCUUUUCUAAAAACAGCCAAAAGAAAGUACACAUACGCUUGCUUAUUUCCAGCUAAAGAUGCGCUUCCACAAAUACCGAAAAUAAAGGGGAAUUUAGAUCUACUAAAAGUGUCGAAUGAUCCAAUAGCCGCUGCGGUAACAGAGAGGGAAACGUUAAAUGUUCCGGUAACAGAGGAAAGCACUGUAAACAAUCCAGUAACAAAAAGGGGUGCAUUAAUUGGCCCGGUGAGAGAAAGAAUAGGAGUAGAUACAAAAAGCAUAAAUCUAGAAGCGUCAAAAAAUGAUGUGAGUAAUCAUUUUGUGACAAACAGUGACUGUUCAUCAAUUCCAAAGAAUUUUAGCCGCACAAACGUAAUACCUGUUAAUAAUUCGAAAAACGUUAAACCGAUUCCAAACACAAAUGGAGAGACAGAACCUGAGUUUGUAAUGUUUUCACUGAGAAAUAGGAAACAUGUGAGGGAUUGUUCAGAAGAAGAAGAAAAUAAAGAUGAAGUUUUAGAAAUGUUAGAAAAGCAAAACCAUCAUUUAAAGCAAAAAAAUCAAGAGUUGCGAGAAUACAAGGAUAAACUUGUUGUCUACUUGAUGGAGAAUUAUCCAGACGCUUUAGAAGCAACCAUCAGAUGAGUCGUACUACAGAACCUCAUCCCCGUAUCAGUUACAUGGUUUGACACCAACAGUGGCACUGUCUUGAAGAAAGAUUUGUUAACUUGCUUUCUAACAGAGAAUUUAUCCAGAUGCUUUGGAAGCAGCCAGCAGGCGAAUAAUACUAUAAAAGUAUUUGCGUGAUUUUUGCUUUGUUUUCGCACCACUUAAAAUGUUUUUACAAGGAGUAGGCCGGGUUGGAAGAGACACAUCAAUCUUGCAAAAAGGCAACAUCAUUUACGAACUGUUUACAAUUCCUUUUUCUACAAGACAUUACAUUUUUGUAUUUUUCUGGAGAAAAUGGAUGUGCAAUAUAGGUGGCAACCAGGGGGAAAAGACAGUUGCUCUUCACCAUUGAUUUUAAAAACUUCGACCAUCACAAACCAAUAAUGAAAUUUCAUAACUUAACUUGCUUUGUGUUUAAAAGACCUAUCCGUCAA